CCUGCAUGAAGGGCUCCCCUUGAGUGAGGAGGAGGAAGGUCGCGCCGUAAAUCCCCCUCUGCCUCUGAGGAGAGAGAGAGAGAAGCGAGAGAGCCGCCUCGCCUCUCCGCGUCAUCCCUCCGGCCCAGGAGGAGGAGCCGCAUUCCCGCGCCGAUUGGUCGGCGCUGCUGCCAUUCGCGCAGGCGGGCGAGGGGCGCGGCCAAGCGUAGAGCCGGCUCGGCUCCCGGCGAGAGCAAAAAAGGAAGAAAAAAAAAAGCGGCCGGCCGAGUCAGGAGCCUCGUUGUGCCGCCGACGUCGACGACAGAAGAAGGAACAGUGCCGGCUUGUAGUAGUAAUAGUAGUACCAGUACUAUUAUUCCUUCCAGCGCAGCCGCCCUCUCUCCUCCCGAGCCCUGCACCAUGGAGGAGGAGCGGUCGGGGGAGCAGAUGAGACCGCUACUCACAACGAUUACAGAAGGAGACGGUCGUUCCAGCUUCUUGAAGGAGGGUCAUGAUGAAGAAGCUGUUGUGGAUACGGGCAAAAUCAGCUCUACUAUCAACACAAACUUUGAGAAAGAAGAACUAGAAAGUCACAGAGCUGUUUAUAUUGGUGUGCACGUCCCCUUUGGAAAGCAGGGUCGACGACGUCAUAGGCACCGUGGACAUAAGCAUCAUAGAAGAAGAAAAGAAAAGGAAACUGACAAAGAAGAUGGGCGAGAAUCUCCAUCCUAUGACACACCAUCCCAGAGGGUACAAUUUAUCCUGGGUACCGAGGAUGAUGAUGAAGAACACAUUCCCCACGAUCUAUUCACUGAAAUGGAUGAACUUUGCUUUAGAGAAGGAGAAGAAUAUGAAUGGAAAGAAACUGCCAGAUGGCUAAAAUUUGAAGAAGAUGUUGAAGAUGGUGGUGAUAGGUGGAGCAAACCUUAUGUGGCUACCCUGUCUCUGCACAGUCUCUUUGAACUGAGAAGCUGUAUCUUAAACGGGACAGUCAUGUUGGAUAUGAGAGCCAGUACGCUGGAUGAAAUAGCAGAUAUGGUAUUGGAUAACAUGAUAGCUUCUGGUCACCUGGAUGAAUCUAUGAGAGACAAUGUCAGAGAAGCUCUUCUGAAGAGGCACCAUCAUCAGAAUGAAAAAAAAUUCACUAAUCGGAUUCCCCUUGUCCGAUCCUUUGCAGAUAUAGGCAAGAAACAUUCUGACCCUCUCUUGCUUGAAAGAAAUGGGGAAGGCCUUUCAGCCUCCCGCCACUCUUUACGAGCUGGUCUCUCUGCCUCAAAUAUUUCCCUGAGAGGAGAGAAUCGCUUAUCCCUUCUUCUCAAUUACCUUCUUCCUGGAUCUCCAGCCGUCUCAAGGAGCGCAACCCCUUUACCUACCCCACAAAGCACUCCACCUUCCAGUCCUAGGUGCAGUCACAAGGGAACCACAAAUUUACCACCAGCUGAGCACCAGGGUGCUGAACUCCUAGUGUCUCCUUCUAGUGAUGAUAUCCCUAAAGUAGUAAUUCAUCCACCUGAGGAGGAUUUAGAAGCUCAGGAAAGCGAGGAGAAGACGACAGAGGAUAAUAGUGACAUAAUACCAGGACUUCUUGCAUCGCCACAAUCUGCACCCGGUAAUUUGGACAUUGGAAAAAGUGGAGAACUUAAAAGCAGUGGAACAGGGGGAAGUAGAGAAAACAGCACUGUUGAUUUCAGCAAGGAGUCUGCCUCCUGGCACUGUAGUUGUGGCACACUUGGUGUGGGACUCAAGAGGCCAGCUGUAGAUAUGAAUUUUAUGAGGAAGAUUCCCAUAGGUGCAGAGGCAUCAAAUGUGUUGGUGGGAGAAGUGGAUUUUUUGGAGAGACCAAUUAUUGCUUUUGUGAGGCUGGCCCCCGCUGUACUUCUCUCAGGCCUUACAGAAGUUCCUGUUCCUACCCGAUUUCUUUUUCUUUUGCUGGGUCCAGCAGGCAAAGCGCCGCAAUACCAUGAGAUUGGUCGAUCAAUAGCAACACUUAUGACAGAUGACGUUUUCCAUGAUGUUGCUUAUAAAGCUAAAGACCGAAAUGAUCUGCUCUCUGGAAUCGAUGAAUUUUUAGAUCAAGUAACAGUUCUGCCUCCAGGAGAGUGGGAUCCAUCUAUUCGAAUUGAGCCACCCAAAAGUGUUCCUUCUCAGGAAAAACGGAAGAUACCUAAAUUUCCAAAUGGAGCUGCUUCUCCUGGAGAGUCUCUUGAAGAAGGCCAUCAUGCUGGACCUGAACUACAGAGGACUGGAAGGCUUUUUGGUGGUUUGAUACUUGACAUCAAAAGGAAAGCACCUUUUUUCUUGAGUGACUUCAAGGAUGCAUUAAGUCUGCAGUGCCUGGCCUCGAUUCUUUUCCUAUACUGUGCCUGUAUGUCUCCUGUAAUCACUUUUGGAGGGCUCCUUGGAGAAGCUACAGAAGGCAGAAUAAGUGCAAUAGAAUCUUUAUUUGGAGCAUCAUUAACUGGGAUUGCCUAUUCACUAUUUGCUGGGCAACCUCUGACAAUAUUGGGGAGCACUGGACCUGUCCUAGUAUUUGAGAAAAUAUUAUUUAAAUUCUGCAAGGACUAUGGACUUUCUUAUCUCUCUCUACGAACCAGCAUUGGUCUGUGGACAGCAUUUUUAUGCAUAUUGUUAGUGGCAACUGAUGCAAGCAGCCUUGUGUGUUACAUCACUCGAUUUACUGAGGAGGCUUUUGCUGCUCUUAUUUGCAUAAUAUUCAUAUAUGAAGCACUGGAAAAGCUUUUUCAAUUGGGAGAAAUGUAUGAAUUCAACAGGGACAAUGACCUGAAUAAAUUGACAUUGUAUUCAUGUGUGUGUGCAGAGCCUCCAGACCCCACCAAUGAAACAGUAGCGCAGUGGAUGACAGCCAACAAAUCUGUGGAUACUAUACCAUGGUCUAACCUCACAGUUAAACAAUGUACAGAUCUUCACGGCGUGUUUGUUGGAUCAGCCUGCGGCCACCAUGGUCCGUAUUUCCCAGAUGUUCUUUUUUGGUCCGUCAUACUGUUCUUUACAACGUUUUUCCUUUCCUCUUUCCUCAAGCAGUUCAAGACCAAGCGCUAUUUCCCCACUAAGGUGCGGUCUACAAUAAGUGAUUUUGCUGUAUUUUUGACAAUAGUGAUCAUGGUUCUCAUUGAUUAUCUUGUUGGAGUUCCUUCUCCUAAACUUCAUGUGCCUGAAAAAUUUGAACCCACACGAAGUGAUCGGGGAUGGCUCAUAGAUCCGCUAGGACCUAAUCCUUGGUGGACACUUGUAAUAGCUGCAGUUCCUGCUUUACUCUGCACCAUUCUUAUUUUUAUGGACCAGCAAAUUACAGCAGUUAUCAUAAACAGGAAAGAACAUAAACUCAAGAAAGGUGGUGGAUAUCAUCUCGAUCUGCUCAUGGUUGGCAUGAUGUUAGGUAUAUGCUCAAUUAUGGGCUUGCCAUGGUUUGUGGCUGCAACUGUUCUUUCUAUAAGUCAUGUCAACAGUUUAAAAGUAGAAUCCGAGUGUUCUGCUCCUGGGGAGCAGCCAAAGUUCCUGGGAAUUCGUGAGCAGAGAGUGACAGGAUUAAUGAUCUUUGUGUUGAUGGGGCUGUCUGUAUUUAUGACAUCUGUAUUAAAGUUUAUUCCAAUGCCCGUUUUAUAUGGUGUUUUUCUUUACAUGGGAGCAUCCUCACUAAAAGGCAUCCAGUUUUUUGACCGUAUCAAAUUGUUUGGAAUGCCGGCCAAACAUCAGCCUGAUUUGAUCUAUCUGCGUUACGUGCCACUCUGGAAGGUUCAUGUAUUUACGGUAGUUCAGCUCACCUGUCUCGUUCUUUUGUGGGCAAUUAAAGCAUCUGCUGCUGCUGUUGUUUUUCCUAUGAUGGUUUUAGCUCUAGUUUUCAUUCGCAAACUUUUGGAUUUGUGUUUCACCAAACGGGAGCUCAGUUGGCUUGAUGACCUUAUGCCAGAAAGUAAGAAGAAGAAGGAAGAUGACAAAAAGAAAAAAGCAAAGGAAGAAGCUGAACGAAUGUUUCAGGCAGUGGACAGUGAAACUAUACACCUUCCAUAUGACAGAGGCGAUGUGUUAGAGAUUCCCGUGAAAGCUCUAAAAUACAGCGUUGAUCCUUCUGUUGUAAACAUAUCAGAUGAAAUGGCCAAAACUGCACAGUGGAAGGCUCUUUCCAUGAACACAGAGAAUGCCAAAGUAACAAGAUCUAACUUGAGCUCUGAAAAAGAAGAGUGUGUGAAAAUAGACAUGGAAAAUACUCCUGAAACAAAGUAUGUAGAUGCUGAAACCUCAUUAUAGAAGUGAACAAGGGUAUAUAUUAUUUUAUAGGAUAUACUGUAAAAGGGUGACUUCACAUCUUCUUUCAAGUUCUGAAAUUCGAGAGAUAUGGAUACUGUAUGCACAGCAACAAGACUUUCAGACAAGAUAGAAGUGAUGUCCGCUCUGGAAAUAUUUAUUUUUAGUGGAAUGUUUUUCAUUUUUUUAAAUAGGAAAAUUAAAAAUUCUUUUUAGUUAUCAGUACAUGCAUUGCAUGUCAAAUCAUCUUUAAUUGUGAAGUAUUGGUUGCAUUGUUUAUAACUUUCUAGUAUGUAGUAGUUUUUAUAAUUUAUUGCAGUACACGUCACGUUUUCAGGCAAUUACUGUUUGGGUGUUUGCAAAAUGUUAUAAAUGUCAGUCUCCCUAGGAAAAAAAAAUCCCAAUGUGCCCUUUCAUAAAUGACUUUAUUUUCAGGCCA